AUGGUGUUUCUGUUGAAACCCCUGUUCCUCUCAGCUGCCUUCUUCUUGUUUUUACUACACCUUAUAAAGGCUGAGCAUGAGGCUGAGCUCGGCCUGAAUGCCACCAGCGCCACCGCUCGUAAGCUUGCUAGUGGCUGCAAUAUUUUUCGAGGCAAAUGGGUAUAUGAUGCAUCAUAUCCUCUUUAUGAUUUCUCCAAAUGUCCCUUCAUAGAUGAUGAAUUUAAUUGCCAAAAGUACAAAAGACCUGACCAAACUUACCUCAAAUAUAGAUGGCAGCCUUUCUCGUGUAACCUCCAAAGGUUUAAUGGGGUGAAAUUCUUGGAGAGAUGGAGAGGGAAGAAGAUAAUGUUCGUAGGUGACUCACUGAGUCUGAACAUGUGGCAGUCAUUGAGUUGCAUGAUUCAUUCAUGGGUACCAAAUGCAAAAACUGCAGUCGUAAGAGGAGAAGUAAUUUCUCAAGUUACAUUCCUGGAUUAUGGAGUGCAAUUACUAUUAUAUCGUACACCGUACCUAGUAGACUUGGAGAGGCAGAAUGUGGGUCGGGUUUUGAAGCUUGACUCCAUCCGAAACGGGGAUGCGUGGCUAGGAAUGGAUAUGUUGAUCUUCAACACUUGGCAUUGGUGGACUCAUACCAAAAGUUCUCAACCAUGGAAUUACAUGGAAGAGGGAGGUAAAUUAUACAAAGACAUGAACCGUCUAAUUGCUUACUACAAAGGGUUAACCACAUGGGCUAGAUGGGUCAACCGAAAUGUUGAUCCUUCCAAAACCAAAGUCUUUUUCCAAGGAAUUUCCCCUGUACACUACGAGGGCAAGGAUUGGAAUGAGCCAAGAAAGUCAUGCAGUAGUGAGACACAACCAUUCUUUGGGAUAAAAUAUCCAGCAGGCACACCAUUAUCUGCAAUUGUGGUGAACAAAGUGUUGAGCAGAAUCAAGAAACCCGUUUAUUUAUUGGACAUAACAUUACUAUCCCAAUAUAGAAAGGAUGCUCAUCCAACAUACUAUAGUAAGCACAAUGGCUUGGAUUGUAGCCACUGGUGCCUUCCUGGGUUGCCAGAUACUUGGAAUGAGCUACUCUAUACAGCACUCUUCAGCUGA